AUGCAAGUGGUCCAGCAGGACGGCCAAAUGGUCCUCGGGGAGCAGCCGGUUUUUGUGGAUGACCGCGCUGUCGCCUCGGCGGCUCGGGGUCCAUCGCACAAGGGUCCCGUCCCCAAGAACGUCGCUUUUGAGCUUCUGCUGGAUGAGAACUCCAAAGUACGAGCCCGCAUUCCCAUGCGCGUUCAGAUCUACCCGCAUGACACCACGGACUCGAUCGUCACGACUGUCAAAAACUUCUAUGGCAUCUAUGAUGCCGCCGCCAGCGGUGUGAGCUUCGAGGAUGAACAUGGGAUCACCCUCAUCGCAAGGUACGAGAAUCUGAGAAAUAACAUGACCGUCUACGUGCGAGUCAUCCCCGCCCAACCGUACCCGGAGGCCUACGGGGACAGCUUUUACGGUGGCUUCUCUGUCGAGGCCCGGAAGCGACCCAGUCUGGGCGAGCCGUUUCAGAUGGCGCCGGCCAUGUCGGCAGUGCAGGCGCUAGACCAUGACCAGUCGCCGUCUCGUCCGAGCUCGCGAUUGGCACGAAAGCGCAGCAACUCUCCGUCGAGCCGGAGUCUCCGGAGCACCUCGCAGCACAAGCAAGGCUCUCGUAGCGGCCUCAAAAGCCGCGGUUCGAGUGUCCAUGGUGGCUUCCCUGGUGAUGAGGCGAAUGGCUACAGCGAUAGCGAUGGUGACUAUGGUUCUAUCUCGGGUGCUCGCAAGGCUCGCAGCGAUCAAUUCGCCAGCUCUGAGAUCAGCAUGGAGAAUAUACUCCAGGAUGGUCGUCGCAAACGUCCCAAGUUUGACAGCUCGGAACUCCCACUGUUUGCACCUCCCCAAGUCCCGCUCACCAUGUCGACCUCCUCCAUUUCCCCUCAGCGUCGAUCUGUCGGUCAGGAAGGCGCUUCGCCUUUUGCGCGUCCUACACACCGUCCAUACAACUACCAGCAACCGCUGCCGUCGCCGCAGAGCUAUGGCCAUAGUGAACAUGCCUAUGGUAUUCACUCAGGGCGCAAUACGAUGUAUGCUACUCCCGUGGUCCCGGACCAUGGACAUCGCCUGCGAGACCGUACUGCUACGGGCCCCUUUAUCAAUUCGGCAGGUAAAGUCAGUGGCGCUGGCGUAUUACCCACGCCAGACCCCACCAUUGCCAGCUGCAUCUCCGAUGAAGAUGUAGCCAUGCAGCUGAUCCGUCUGGGCGAUGCGUCCAACUUUUCUCAUGGUCGCACGUCAGCCUCGACGCUGGAUGAUGCCUUUAGCGGCGCCGCCGACGCGGCCUCGUCGGCGGCUACCAGCGAUGGAGAAGAUUUUAGUGAGGAUGAGGACGAUCUGCCCCGUCGGCAGAGACAGGAAUCCAGCCCGAUGCUUCCACCGGGUACUACUAAGCGCCAACAUAAGCGUUUGGAUGACAUUCUGCCCAGUGCUGAUAGUAGCGAGCAGAGCUCUGAUGGCGCUGACGAAUUUGGGCACUACGACCGGCUGGGUGCUCCGGUCAAGAGUGAGGCCGAUUACGACCUCUACCGCGACUAUGCUCCCAAGGCCAAGAAGCCCAAGAAUCGCCCGGCCAACAUGCCGCCCAAGCCUCGCAGCCAGAAGAUGGCCCCGCUGAAGUUGAGCAAGGGAGCCAAGACCAACACUUCCGCUGCUCCGCGCAAACCCAAGAUGCCCGGCCCCGUGGGUAUGGACAAGACGACGACUUCUUUCCCGCCAUUGAGCCCCAACUCUGCCCGCAAGGUCUCGGGAUCGUCGGUCAAUUUCCAGCACCAGCUCGGUGCCGACGAAGAAGACUUGUCGACCAAGCCUCGUUGCCAACGGUGCCGCAAGAGCAAGAAGGGCUGCGAUCGCCAACGCCCGUGCGGGCGCUGCAAGGAUGCAGGCAUUGGCAUCGAUGGAUGCGUCAGUGAAGACGAGGGCAAUGGCCGCAAGGGCCGUUAUGGUCGUCACAUGGGCGUCGCUGUGAAGAAAUCCACCGAUGGGUCGAUUAUUGAGGGCGGCAACGAGUUCCUCCCGAACCCGACCACCACAUCGCCCAUUGCUUCUGCAAGUGAUAUAGCAGACAAGAAUAAGAAACGCAAGCGCUAA